GGGCACGGUGCCUAAGUCACAGGGUUGGAGCUUGGGCUAGAGCCAAGGUCUGGCUGCAGACGAGCGUGCGUCUGCCAAAGUGCGACCCAGGACAUGGCGCUCUGACCUCACUGCUCCUUCCUCCAGACCACUUCUCACUUCUGCAGGUACAAAGCUAGUCCGGUGAGGCGGGCUGGAAUCCACCUUGACAGAGCGGAAGGCUUCUGUCCCGGAACUAAAGAACCAGAAGUGUGCUUCCGGAUGUAGGGAAAAAAAAUCCGCAAGGAGCCGGAAGUUGCUCGUCGUAUCCCUGCACCGGCCUGGCAUUUCGGAGUGAGGCCGCAGCGAACUGCCCUUUCCCAAGAUGGCGUCGAAGAUCGGUUCCAGACGCUGGCUGCUGCAGCUGCUCAUGCAGCUAGGCUCGGUGCUGCUCACGCGCUGUCCGUUCUGGGGCUGUUUCAGCCAGCUCAUGCUGUACGCCGAGAGGGCCGAGGCGCGCCGGAAGCCCGACAUCCCCGUGCCCUACCUGUACUUCGACAUGGGCGCCGCCGUGCUGUGCGCCAGCUUCAUGUCCUUCGGCGUCAAGCGGCGCUGGUUCGCGCUGGGCGCCGCACUGCAGCAGGUCCUGAGCACCUACGCCGCCUAUGUGGGCGGCCAUGUCCACUACGGGGACUGGCUGAAGGUCCGUAUGUACUCACGCACAGUAGCCAUCAUUGGUGGCUUCCUGGUGCUGGCCAGUGGUGCAGGGGAGCUGUACCGCCGCAAACCCCGCAGUCGUUGUCUGCAGUCCACCGGCCAAGUCUUCCUGGGCAUCUACCUCAUCUGUGUGGCGUUCUCGCUGCAGCACAGCAAGGAGGACCGGCUGGCGUAUCUGAACCUUCUUCCUGGAGGCGAGCUCAUGGUGCAGCUGUUCUUUCUUCUGUACGGCAUCCUGGCCCUGGCCUUCCUGUCCGGCUACUACGUGGCCCUGGCUGCCCAGAUCCUGGCGGUGCUGCUGCCCCCUGUCAUGCUGCUCAUAGAUGGCAAUGUCACCUACUGGCACCACACAAGGCGGGUGGAGUUCUGGAACCAGAUGAAGCUCCUUGGCGAGAAUGUGGGCAUCUUCGGGGCCGCUGUCAUCCUGGCCACUGAUGGCUGAGUCUUCCUGCCUCGCUGGUUCUGCUGCUGUUGGCCUCACUUCUUUGUCUGUUUGGUCCUUUGUGGGUUUUUUCUAUUUUCUUUUUUUUGCCUUUCUUUCCUUUCGUAGUAUGAGACAGGUCUCGGCCCCAGGUUCAUGGGUCAGCCCUUUUGGGGUGGGAGCCCUGACACUGAUGCCCCCUGGGCUUCUUCCUGUUUGUGGAAACUGAGGCCGGCAGGGCUGGGGUGCAGGUCCUGAGAUGGGGACGAGGGAAGGGAGACCGAUCCGAUUGUGGUCUAUAUCUGCAGCAGCCCCGAAAGCCUCAUUUGGAAGGAGAUGGGUUAUGGGGCGUACUGCCAACUUCCUGUUGGACGUAGGAUCAGGUGGGAAGGGGAGGCGGUCCAGAAGGUUCAUCUCCCUUCUGAGCUCCUCUUCAUCUCGUCUCCUCCGCUGUCAUGAGGUGAGCAGCUUUUCCUCCACCAGACCCCUCGGCCAGGCCAUCCUGCUUUGGAACCAGCCGACUGUGGACUGACAUGGAGCCAAAAUCAACCUCACUUAAGUUGUGGGUAUCUGUUAUUUUUGUCCCAGCAACAAGGAAAGACAAGUUUUGAUACCAGGAAUGGGGUCCUUUCUGCAAUGCUACCUGACAUCGUGGUUCAGAAGCCUUUGGAAUUGGUUCACUGGAGGAGUCUGGAAAGAAAAGUACUUGGAAAGUUGGAGCAGAAGAGAGCCUCUUGCUGAAAAGAUGGGUGUUAAAAAGAAGCCAAGUAUCUUGCAUCAGGACAGUGGGAAAAUGGCUUGCUGGCAUGUCAGGAAUCAGCAAAAUCCACCUCUGUCUGCAGGCUCAGGGAUGCAAAGCUGUAGACUCAGAAGAGUGCCCCACAGCACCAUGCUUGAGAAGACCCACAUAAGGAAUUGACUCCUGGGGAUUCAGUUCACCAUGGUCAGCCAUCCAGGUACUCAAGAGGCCUCUGCAGCUACCAUUGAAGGGGGCCUGGCUACUGCUCAAGCAAGAAGCAAGCCUCAGCACUAUCUACAUGGUGCUGGUUUUGCAGAAUACAAAAGUAGGGUCAGGAAGGUUUCCACGCAGAAUUUGGAAGGCCUGGGAGGACAGGCAUGUGUCCCUGUGAGCAGCUCAGGACGUGAGUGUGAAGUCAGAAGUGCAGCGGAGACCACAGGAUGCUGGGAAAGCCAGGAACCUGGAUCAUCUGAGGAAAGCUGCAAGGAGUGAGCACAGCUGGCUCGAGAGACGGUUACCACCAUCACUGGGAGUGCCCUCAGGUGGGGCCGCCCGAGGCCUUUGGAGUCCACAUCUGGCCACAGCGUGCUUCUGGUGCUGGGCACUGAGCUAUGGGACUUAAUGUUUCCCUGCUGGGUUUGUCUUUGGUCCCUUUGGUUCUGUCCCCUCUGGAGUGGGAACGUUUACCAGGUGCUUUGUAUGUGGGCAGCAUAGAACUUGCUUUGCCUUUUCUAGGGGUUCACAGCUGAGAGUUUGCCUUGAGCCUCACAGGAGACUUUGAACUUGGACUUUUAAGCAAUACUGGAACUUCCGGGACUUUGGCAACUCUUAGAGAUGACUGAAUGCAUUUUGCAUAAUGAGAUGCACAUAGUCUUGUGGGAGGUAGGGUGGAACAUUAGUGGCUUGUAUCUGGAUGUUUCCCAGGCCAGGUGGGUUGGAAGGCUGACAGCUGAUGUGCUGUGAGGAGGAGGGGUCUUGUCAGAAGAGGGGGGUCACAGGGACAUCCACCUCCCUCCCUGGCUCCUCCACCAGGCCCCUGCCACGUCCUGCCUCGGAGCUGGCUAUGGCUGAAAUGUGACCAAGACAGACUACUUUAACCUUUCCCAGCAAGGAGGAAGUGACUAAGACCCUGAAGUGAGUAAAUGUGAAAAAUUCC